AUGCAUUUCCUAUGUCUUCACGGUGCCAUUGGCAACACCGAUAAUAUCACCAUUCAGUUAGCGCCUCUCCAAAAGGAUUUGGGCGAAGACGCAACGUUUCACUAUAUUAAUGGACCCUUGUCCUUUAUCCCUCCACCAGGAUUUGAAGAAUAUUUCGGAGUCGGACCGCAUUACAGGUGGGCUGACGAUGGCCAAGCGCCAGAAGAUUCCUGGAUUAUGCGCAUUCGUGGCAAUGCAGCUCCCAGCGACGAUACAAACAAUGAAGACGCGAUGAGAGGGUUACUCGGAGAGGGAUCCUGCAAAAACCACCCAGAGCUCAUGAAAUACAUCUAUGACGCGCUAGAGAGGAACCCCGAAAUCGGCGGUAUCAUCGCAUACAGCGAGGGUGCCAUGGCUGCUUCCACUUUUAUUCUGGAUGAAGCACGUCGAGAGCAAGAGGAAGGGCGAGAGCGCCGGAUCAAAUGCGCUAUGUUCGUCGGCGGCUGGCCUGCCAUGAAGCCCAAUGCUGGGUUCAUCCUCGCGGACGACGGAGGCGACGAAAUGAUCGACAUCCCUACCCUCCAUGUUGUGGGUGCAAAUGAUCCCUUCCGAUACGGCUCCGAAGCCCUUUACGAUAUCUGUGAUCCUGACACUGCGGAGUAUUUUGAUAUGGGUAAAGGACAUGUCAUUCCACGUUCUGGGCUAGUGAUCGGAGAAUUGAGCAAUGCUCUCCGGGAAUUGGUCAAGAAGACAGAACCUGAAGAGUAA